AAAAGAGAAAAAAAAAAAUAAAAAAAUAAAAUGGCCUAAAGGAGAGGUAGCCCCGUUGGGAAAGUGCUUGCCUAGCAUUCCGGAAGCCCUGGGUUAAAUUCCCAGCACCCCAUAAAACGGGUGUGGUGCAGCAAAACUAUAGUCAUCUCAGCACCCAGGAGCUAGUGGCAAAAGGAUCAGUUCAAGGCCAUCCUCUGCUACAGAGCAAGUUCGAGGCCACUGUCGCAAAAAACAACGGAGGUCCAAGUUGAAUAACGGGAAGAAAACGAUCACUUCAUUAUGUGUGUGGGGAGGCAAAGCGUCUGAGUCACCGGUCUUGGUCGUAUUUUUCCACCUUCCAGUCAGCCCAGGUUUCAGGGGCUCUACAGGAAGCACCCCCAAUACGCGGGGUUCCGCGAGCGUGACCACGCCCCUCUGCGCGCCUCUUAGCCACGCCCACAACCGGAUCCGCAGAUUCGUUACCCCGGCUCAGGAUUGUUUGGAAGCCUUUCCUUGGCUGAAAAUUCUCAUCGGACUUUGAGAAGACUUUUGCGCUGUCACCAUUUUGCCCUCCAUCGAAGUGGGUUGCUCUUUGAAUUGUGCUAGUAAGAAAAACCAAGGAAAAGCGGCCGACCUUGCCAACAGGGCUUGGCUAGCCGGGCGUCAUUUUCUUGACUCCAAGGCAGGUGAAGGGAGGUGACGGAUGAAGCCAAGAACGGUAGCGGAGCUGCACUGCAGCCCCUUAGACCUUUGAGCUGCGCAAAGAAGGGACAGAACGGGAGCAAAGGACCGCGCAUCCUGUUCACUCAUUUGCCCCGCCCGCUUCGCGAAUCUGCGACUGUUUAACGCGCCACUCAAAUCUCCCGAGUUCUGGCUGGCCUCCUCCCCUCGCCCCGCCCCCUUUUCCUCAGAGGCUUGUCGCAGCUUUCAUCGCCGCCGAUUCGUCACGAACCUCAGACCGCAGCAGCUGGAUAGGGGUUGUGCGGCCCACUCUCCGGGGGAUGCGGCCCAUCUCCAAGCUCGCUAGACUGCAACUCCCUAGCCUUAAAGGGCGCCGGUCGAGGCAAGGCCGCUACCUUCGGCCCGGUGGAUCGCUUGGCAGCGCCUGUGGCGAAAGUGCGAAUGCAGACGCUGUGCCCACUGGGCCUCGUGCAGGUGGCGGUGGUGUUUGGUGCGCGCGCCGGGGAGGUGGUGGUGGGGGGGCGCCGCCGCCGCCACCGCUGCGGGGCCGGGUCUCGCGCUGCCACCGCCGCCGCCGCCUCACGCCGCUGAGGUGCUGCGCGCGGUGGGGGGAGGGGGAGCCGCUCGCCAAGAGCGGGGUCUGAAGCUGGGUCUCAGGCUCGGUCUCGCGGUGUUUCCAACGCCCUGAAGAGGUGCCACCUCGGGUCCAGAGGAUCGGGGCGCGGGGACGGGAGCGGCUGUGUGGGAGCGGGAGCCGGGCUUGGCCCGGGCCGCUGGCCGUGUAAAUGAGCAAAGAUGGACCAGGAAGGUGGGGGAGAUGGGCAGAAAGCCCCAAGCUUCCAGUGGCGGAACUACAAGCUCAUCGUGGAUCCUGCUUUGGACCCUGCCUUGCGCAGGCCUUCCCAAAAGGUGUACCGCUAUGAUGGAGUCCACUUCAGUGUCAGUGACUCAAAGUACACACCAGUCGAAGACCUCCAAGACCCCCGUUGCCAUGUCAGAUCCAAAAACAGAGACUUUUCCCUCCCAGUCCCUAAGUUUAAGCUGGAUGAAUUCUAUAUCGGCCAGAUCCCACUGAAGGAAGUGACUUUUGCGAGGCUCAAUGACAACGUGCGGGAAACAUUCCUGAAGGAUAUGUGCCGAAAGUAUGGUGAGGUGGAAGAGGUGGAGAUCCUUCUCCACCCCCGUACUCGCAAGCACCUGGGACUCGCCCGUGUGCUUUUUACCAGUACUCGGGGUGCCAAGGAAACAGUCAAAAACCUCCACCUUACCUCCGUCAUGGGCAACAUCAUCCAUGCCCAGCUUGAUAUCAAAGGACAACAACGCAUGAAGUACUAUGAAUUGAUUGUCAAUGGCUCCUACACCCCUCAGACUGUGCCCACCGGUGGCAAGGCCCUUAGUGAGAAGUUCCAAGGUUCUGGUACAGCCCCUGAGAUGGCUGAAGCCCGCCGGCGCUCUUCCUCUGACACAGCUACGUACCCAGCAGGCACUGCUGUGGUGGGCACCCCUGGCAAUGGCACUCCCUGCUCCCAAGAUACAAAUUUCUCCAGCAGUCGACAAGACACCCCAUCUUCCUUUGGCCAGUUCACCCCUCAAUCCUCCCAAGGAACCCCCUACACGUCUCGGGGUAGCACCCCCUACUCUCAGGACUCUGCCUACUCCAGCAGCACCACUUCAACCUCCUUUAAACCCCGGCGGUCAGAGAACAGCUAUCAAGAUUCCUUUUCUCGCCGCCAUUUCUCUGCAUCUUCAGCUCCUACAACCACCUCUACUGCCAUCUCAGCCACCACUGCAGCCACUGCUGCCUCCUCCUCUUCUUCAUUGUCCUCAUCUUCCUCAUCGUCCUCUUCCUCAGCCACUCAAUUUCGUGGUUCUGACUCCAGCUACCCAGCAUAUUAUGAAAGCUGGAAUCGAUACCAGCGCCAUACUUCCUACCCACCCCGCCGGGCAACUAGGGAGGAUCCUCCUGGGGCCCCUUUUGCUGAAAAUACAGCUGAGCGCUUCCCACCUUCCUAUACCUCCUAUUUGCCCCCUGAGCCCAACCGAUCCACUGACCAAGACUACCGGCCUCCUGCCUCAGAGGCCCCACCUCCAGAGCCUCCAGAACCUGGUGGAGGUGGUGGGGCACCCAGCCCUGAGAGAGAAGAAACUCGGACUUCCCCCCGCCCAGCCUCACCUGCCCGUUCUGGCUCCCCAGCCCCAGAGACCACCAAUGAGAGUGUACCCUUUGCUCAACAUAGCAGCUUGGAUUCCCGCAUUGAAAUGCUGCUGAAGGAACAGCGCUCCAAAUUUUCUUUCCUGGCUUCUGACACGGAGGAAGAGGAGGAAGAGAACAACAGUGCCGGCCCUGUGGCUAGAGAUGCAGGGAUUGAGGUGCCUUCUGGAUCAGGUCAUGGGCCUUGUACACCCCCUCCAGCCCCAGCUAAUUUUGAAGAUGUAGCACCUGCAGGGAGUGGAGAACCAGGGGCUACCCAGGAGUCCCCAAAGGCCAACGGACAGAGCCAGGCUUCUCCAUGUUCUUCCGGAGAGGACAUGGAGAUCUCCGAUGAUGACAGGGGUGGUUCACCCCCUCCAGCCCCAACGCCCCCCCAGCAGCCUCCUCCGCCACCACCACCACCUCCUCCCCCUCCCCCUCCCUACCUUGCUUCCCUUCCCCUUGGUUAUCCUCCCCACCAACCUGCCUACCUCCUCCCACCACGCCCUGAUGGGCCACCCCCACCUGAGUAUCCCCCACCUCCUCCUCCACCCCCCCCCCACAUAUAUGAUUUUGUGAACUCCCUGGAACUUAUGGAUCGACUUGGGGCACAGUGGGGAGGGAUGCCCAUGUCCUUCCAGAUGCAAACCCAGAUGUUAACUCGGCUCCACCAGCUGCGACAGGGGAAGGGAUUGACUGCUGCUUCAGCUGGCCCUCCAGGAGGGGCCUUUGGCGAGGCCUUCCUCCCUUUCCCACCCCCACAAGAGGCAGCCUAUGGCUUGCCCUAUGCUCUGUAUACACAAGGGCAAGAAGGCCGUGGGGCAUAUUCCCGGGAGGCCUACCAUCUGCCCUUGCCCAUGGCAGCCGAGCCCCUGCCCUCCUCCUCAGUCUUGGGAGAAGAGGCCCGGCUACCUCAUAGGGAGGAAACUGAGCUGGCAGAAGGCAAGGCCCUACCAUCAGCAGGCACUGUGGGCCGUGUGCUGGCCACCCUAGUCCAAGAAAUGAAGAGUAUCAUGCAGCGAGACCUCAACCGCAAGAUGGUGGAGAAUGUGGCCUUUGGAGCCUUUGACCAGUGGUGGGAGAGCAAGGAAGAAAAGGCCAAGCCAUUCCAGAAUGCGGCCAAACAGCAAGCCAAGGAGGAGGAUAAAGAGAAGAUGAAGCUCAAAGAACCAGGCAUGCUGUCCCUUGUUGACUGGGCCAAGAGUGGUGGUACCACAGGCAUCGAGGCCUUUGCCUUUGGGUCAGGCCUGCGAGGGGCCCUGCGGUUGCCUUCAUUCAAGGUCAAACGGAAAGAACCAUCUGAAAUUUCAGAGGCCAGUGAGGAAAAGAGGCCUCGGCCCUCCACUCCAGCUGAAGAAGAUGAAGAUGAUCCUGAGCGAGAGAAGGAAAGUGGGGAGCCAGGGCGUCCAGGGACCAAGCCCCCAAAGCGAGAUGAAGAACGAGGCAAGACCCAAGGCAAGCACCAGAAGUCCUUUGCUCUGGACAGUGAAGGGGAGGAGGCAUCCCAGGAAUCCUCCUCAGAGAAGGAUGAGGAGGAUGAAGAAGAUGACGAAGAUGAAGAUGAAGAAGCUAUGGAUUCCUCCAAGAAGGAGGCAGAGGCAUCAGAUGGUGAGGAUGAGGAAAGCGAUUCGUCUUCCAAAUGUUCUCUGUAUGCUGACUCAGAUGGUGAAAACGGUAGUACGUCGGACUCCGAGAGCAGCAGCUCCUCCACUUCCUCAUCCUCCUCAUCUUCCUCAUCGUCAUCCUCAUCAUCCUCUUCAUCAUCAGAAUCCUCCUCUGAAGAAGAGGAGGAGCAGCCAGCAGCCAUUCCCUCAUCCUCACCACCCUACAGAGAAGUCCCAGAGCCCCUUCAAGCACCUGCAGAGAAGCCUGAGCCAGACAAGGCUGUAGGCUCCCCAGCCACACCCCUCCCUGAAAAGGAGACCUCUCCCGCAAGGCCUACAGGUCCUACUGAGGAACCACCUCCCAGUGUACCACAGCCUCUCCCAGAGCCACCAGCUGGGCCUCCAACUUCUGCCCCCCGCACAGAUGAGCGCCCCUCUUCCCCUAUCCCCCUCCUGCCCCCGCCCAAGAAACGCCGGAAAACUGUCUCCUUCUCUGCUCUGGAGGAGGUGCCAGCUCCAGAGCCUCCUCCAGCUGCCCCACUGCAGGUCAAGGCUCCUGGCCCAGUCUCUCGAAAAGUCCCACGGGGUGUGGAGCGGACCAUUCGUAACCUGCCCCUAGACCAUGCAUCUCUGGUCAAGAGUUGGCCUGAGGAGGUGGUCCGAGGGGGUCGGAGUCGGGCUGGAGGUCGAGUCCGAUCCACUGAAGAUGAAGAGGCUGAAUCAGGGACAGAAGUGGACCUGGCAGUACUAGCUGAUCUAGCCCUGACCCCAGCCAGACGUGGGUUGGCCACCCUACCCACUGGUGAGGACUCAGAGGCCACAGAGACCUCAGAUGAAGCCGAGCGCCCAAGCCCUCUGCUUAGCCACAUCCUCUUGGAGCACAACUAUGCCCUGGCCAUCAAGCCCCAACCUGCCAUGCCAGCACCUCGCCCCUUGGAGCCAGCUCCUGCCCUUGCUGCACUCUUCAGCUCCCCAGCUGAUGAAGUUUUGGAGGCCCCUGAGGUGGUGGUAGCCGAGGCAGAGGAGCCAAAGCAGCAGCUGCAGCAGCAGCAGCAGCAACCAGAGCAGGAGGGGGAAGAGGAGGAGGAAGAGGAAGAAGAGGAGUCUGAGUCUUCGGAGAGCAGCAGCAGCAGCAGCAGUGAUGAGGAGGGGGCUGUCAGGAGGCGCAGCCUUCGUUCCCACACGCGACGCAGGCGGCCACCACUCCCACCCCCACCCCCACCGCCUCCUUCCUUUGAGCCUCGGAGUGAGUUUGAGCAGAUGACCAUCCUGUAUGACAUUUGGAACUCAGGCCUGGACUUGGAAGACAUGAGCUACCUGCGGCUCACAUAUGAACGGCUGCUGCAGCAGACCAGUGGGGCUGACUGGCUUAAUGACACCCACUGGGUCCAUCACACAAUCACCAACUUAAGCACUCCAAAGCGCAAGCGGCGGCCCCAAGAUGGGCCCCGGGAGCAUCAGACGGGCUCUGCACGAAGUGAAGGUUAUUACCCCAUCAGCAAGAAGGAAAAGGACAAGUACCUGGAUGUGUGCCCUGUCUCAGCCCGACAACUGGAAGGCGUGGACACUCAGGGAACUAACCGGGUGCUUUCUGAGCGACGGUCAGAGCAACGACGGCUACUGAGCGCCAUCGGCACUUCAGCCAUCAUGGACAGUGAUCUGCUAAAGCUAAACCAGCUCAAGUUCCGGAAGAAGAAGCUCCGAUUUGGCCGGAGCCGGAUCCACGAGUGGGGUCUGUUUGCCAUGGAACCCAUUGCAGCUGAUGAGAUGGUGAUAGAAUACGUGGGCCAGAACAUCCGCCAGAUGGUAGCUGACAUGCGGGAGAAGCGCUAUGUUCAAGAGGGCAUUGGCAGCAGCUACCUUUUCCGGGUGGAUCACGAUACCAUCAUCGAUGCCACCAAGUGUGGCAACCUAGCCAGGUUCAUCAACCACUGCUGCACGCCCAACUGCUAUGCCAAGGUGAUCACCAUCGAGUCUCAGAAGAAGAUUGUCAUCUACUCCAAGCAGCCCAUCGGCGUGGAUGAGGAGAUCACCUACGACUAUAAGUUCCCCCUGGAGGACAACAAAAUCCCAUGUCUCUGCGGCACCGAAAGCUGCCGUGGCUCCCUCAACUGA